AUGGCUACUUCAUUGCUAGAUCGAUUGUCAGGUUCCGACAAUAAGAGACAUGAACUGUUUGUAUGGUCCAUUUCCAAAUUCGAACUUUUGUCUGCGUUCCACAAUGUUUCAAAAUCAGAUACUGAAAAGAUCCAAUUUUAUCAUCAAUCAGCAAAGGAUACUUUAGAUGAAUUGAAUUUACUGCUUAGAUACCUAACAAGCACAGAAGAUGCAAAUGAUUACGAAUCACAUUUUGUUUUUAUUAGAAUUGGUCAAAUAUACUCUCUAAGUUUGUUUAUAUUGGAAGAUGAGAGUCCUGGUAAAAUAUUCGAUGAGAGUGAGUUUUUGAUUAAAAUUUUAUCUGAAGAGGAUAUUGCUAUAUAUGCUUCAAAUACUGAUGAUAAGAAGAAAAAGUCCCCAUCGUCUAAUAAGACGCAUUAUGUGUAUACCCCUGCAAAAGAUUUGGCUACCACUAUUUUGAUCCAAAUCGUAGAGACUUUUGGGAAAGAAUUAUCAUCACUUGCUCCUUUAUUGAAUACUCUAAUAUUUAAAUAUUUUAAAAAAAUGAUGGAAAAAAGUAAAUAUCAACAUGCAACAUUUAUGACCUCACUAUUAAGACUAUACAAUGCUCUCUUCAGAAAUUGCAAAGAUUUUGUUUUAGACUCAACUUACACAUCCAAAUUUAUUAAAUUAUCUAAAGUUGUCUUUAAUGAUAUCUAUAAUGACUUACAGGAUUAUCCUGUUGAUUUUAUUUCUACAAUCAUAGAAUUAUGGAAGAUUCAUUUCACACAUGAUGCAUUUAUCAAACAGCAUUCAAAUAAUAUUACAAAUGGUUUGUUUGUUAAAUUUAUAGAGGCAGAAAUCGGAAUCUAUGGGUUUUCAAAUGAUUCGUCUCGUAUAUACACAGCGAGGGUUCUCUCUGAAAUAUUAUUUGAUUACUAUGCAAACAAAAAAAUUAUUACUUUGGAUGAAGUUUGGGAAUUUUAUACAAGAGCAUACGUAAAUGCUGUUAGUCGUGAUACAACAAGUGGUUGCUUUGAAUCAAUUAUUAACUUCAUCGGAUUAUGUUUAAUUGUUGAUAAAAACUUUUUAUCCGAAAGUAAUUAUAUUCGUAUCUUCACAGCCAUUUGUGAAAUAUUUAAAUCUGAAAAUUUAAUCGAUAUCCAAAUGGAUUCAAUCUCAAGAUCAAUUAGAUAUUUAAGAUACAUGCACAUGAUUUUAUUACCUAAAUUAGGAGAAUCAUCUAAAAUAAUGACCCUUUUCAAUUUACUUAACCCAUCUACUUCGAAUAUCGAUCCCGAUGAUUCAAUUGCAAGUGUCUUUAAUAAUGACACAUCCGAUGACAUGUCAAUAAAUGCGACAGUGGAUACACAAUGGCUAACAGUAGCUCAACUGGACUUAUCUCGUAUUUUAAUAUCUUCUUUAUCUUCAUCCUUCGGCCUAGAAGAACGUAUAAUUAGACAAAUUAAAGAUAGAAUUGUCAAUCUCUCUACUAAUGAAAUUUUCAAUAUCCGUGUCCAUUCAAAUGAACUGUUAAAAGAAUUUUUGACUCAGUUUCCUCAAUAUUUAAGUGAAACUAUUUCAGACUCAUUAGCGUUCUUAACUUCGGAAUUUAAAAAGAAAGAUAAGUUUUCCUUCGCCAAAGCUCAUGGGCAUGCUUUAAUAAUCGCAAAUGUAAUGGAAAUUGCUGAUAAGGAUUUUGUAUCAUUUGAAUUAAUUAUGAGAAUUACCAUAUUCACUACUUCUUUCAUAAAAACUCACACAACAACCACAUCUGAUGAUAUUUAUUACAAAGGGAUUUCAUGCUGGGUGUUAUUAGUUGGUCUAAUGAGUUAUUCAGAUGAACAAUAUAUUAUGAUGCAAACACACCAAUUGUUUUUAUUUUGGAAGGUUUUGUUAUCUCCUUCUUUUAUAUAUAAAAAUGAAGAUGAAUUAUAUAGAAAUUUGGAAAUAAGAAAUCACGCCUUAGCAUGUAUGUUAACUUAUUUGAAUAAUAUCAAAAUCGAUGAAGAGACUGGAAAGCAAGUAUCAUAUUUGUUAACUAAAUGUUCAAAUUUUAAUCAUUCAAUUUCAUUAAAAUCAAAAAAAAUUGAUAAUGUUCUUCUAAUGAAUGAAAACAGAAUCCUUCAAGUAUACGUGAAGAUCCACCAAUAUGUGAAAGGUAACUUCAAUAGUUCUUUGUUAAUUCUGAUAAUGAAGAAUUUCUCCAAUCCAAACAUAUAUACAGAACAAACUGCUUCUUAUAUUGCCUCCUUUUAUGAUGAUAGAAAAUACCGUACAGUAGAAGAAGGAAAGGAAGAAAUUCUUCAAGAGAAUACUGUUAAUAAUUUAUUACGUCUUAAUGAUGGGUUUUCAUUUGGUUUAUCAAGUAAAUUGACAGGCCUAGGCAUUUCUAACAAUAGCCUGCAACAAAAGAAGCAUACAAUAUCUAAUAUCAGUGGCGGAUGGCCAUCUAAAGACUAUUGUUGGUAUUACCAAUUUGAGGAUGAAGUUUUAAGACCAAUCUCACAAGUGUUAUCAUAUGAUCAUCUGUCUAUGAUUUAUGACACUCAAUUUGAUAGUGCGGACCCUGUUUAUUCUCCAAAAGUUACCACAUCUGUGAUCGAUUCAUCUAUGGAUAUUUUUUCUUUCGUAUUUCCAUAUUUGAACAGUUCCAUUCAAACUUCUGUUAUUGAAAAUUUGAAUCUAAGUAUCUAUUCAAAAUCUGCUACUCCAAUGAGACGUAUUGCUAUUGCUGCGAAUGUUUGUGUUGCAAUCCAUAAUACUCUACAAAUAUUCCAGAAACAAGAAUUAGCUUUAGAUGAACAGGCUGGAAAACUAAUACUGGAAUCAAUAAAAAAAAUUGAAUUUUAUAAUGAUAGUUAUAUCACAAAACUGAAGGCAGAUUCUAAUGGUUUAAUAAUUGCAGCUGUGGUAAGAGGUCUUCCAGAAGAAGAGAAAGCUAAUUUUGUGAGGUCGCAAACACACAUGUUAAUAAAUUCAGUUGCUGAAACUACCGAACCAUACUUUAGAGUGUUUCAUACGCUAUCAUUAGCUACUAUUUUUAAAUACAAUUCAAAAUACACACAAUUUGAACCAAUCUUUGAUGUUAUAAUGACCUUAAUUAGAGAUCCACAUCCUGUUGUACACUCAUGGGCUUUAAAAUCUCUACAUGUUUUAUUAGAAAAACAUCUAAUGAUUGAUAUAAGGACUUCAGUCGAAAUUAUAAAAACUUUAGAAGAGCUUUUAACUGAUCCAUCUUAUGGUUUAUACGGUUGUUCAACACUUAGAUAUAAUUAUAAUAUGGAAUUCAAUUCUCAUAUUGUAAUAUCUGAAAUAAUGAAAGCAUUGACAGAAACUGUUGGCCCAAGUCUUCCAGAACUUAGUGAAUCUGGGGCUUUAUUGAGUUUCAAAAACAUUAUUAUUAGUUCAACAAUAUCUAGUGAUAUUAUUUUCCAAAUAAUCAGCUCCCAAGUUUAUGAAAAUAUUGCAACUUUUAAAUUGGAUAAUAUUUUAGCUGAUCAUAUCUUCAUUACAUUAUCAAAAAGCAUCAUCUUAAAUGCUGUUAAUAUUGGUAUCGGUUCGUCAUAUUCUAAUUGUAAGUAUACAAAGUGUUCUGAACUAGUUGCUAGUACGUCUAGUUUAAGGGCUGCAACUGAACAAUUCCAUAUAUUAGGUCAAUUGUUCAAAUUACAGAAAAAACAAUUAUUUAUAACAGAUAUGGAACAUUUGAGUUGGAUGUAUCUAUCAAUAUAUCCAAAAUCAAAAUAUGUCCAAGAGUAUUUCUUUGAAUGGUUAGCAAACUGUUAUACUGAUGAUUCACACUGGUUUGAAAAAUUAUAUCUUAUGUUUGGAAUUUCCAGGAAGAACGUUUUUCAACGUUUUUAUAAAGCCUAUGAUACAUUGCUGAGUAAGAAAGGAAUGUUAAUCACAGAAGAAAAAGACCUGAAAAAUGAAGAUGAAGAUUCAAUUAAUCAAAAGGAAAGAGAUAAUCAAAAUCAGGAAGUGUACUCUGAUAAAGUCCCAUGGCAGACCCAAGAAGUUAUAUUGAAAUUAAUGGAAUAUGUUUUAAAGGAAGACCCAAAAAAUGCAGUCUUGGCUCAAAAUGUAUCAAAACUAAUAAACAUUGCGUGCCAAGCGUCAUCUAUGUCUAUUAUAUCAAUCAAGAAUUUGGGGUUGAAUAUAUUGAGUAAUAUUCUAAAACAAUUCUCAGAAAUUAGAGAUUCUCAAAAUCCUGAUAAGUCAAUCUUGGAGCAACAAGAAGCAUCGAUAACAAGUUCUUUAAUGUCUGCCUUUAGUAAUGGUGAUUCACCAAGGACGAUUGCGGUCGCAAUUAAUGUCGCCGCAGAAUUCAUAGCUUCCGAUAUUGUUCCUUUGGCUCAUUUGACAAGAAUUUCUAAGUUAUUUGUUACAUUGUUGAGCAAUUUUAAUGAUAAAGGUUCUGUUUUGAAAAUCGAAGAUUGUGUAAUCAAAACUCAAAAAGCCAAGAAGAAAAUUGAAUUAUCAGCUUUGAAUGCUUGGGCUGGAAUUGUGAAACAUGCAAUUAUAUCUGAUAAUAAAGAAUUAUUGAACUUUAUUAAUUCAUACAGUGAUUUUUUAAUUCCACUGUGGAUCAUAUCUUUACGUGAAUAUGUGAUGAUAAAAUAUGGCAGAAAUAUGAUUAUCCAAUCUGAUGAAGAUAAUUCAAUUGAGGGUUUAAUUGAAUCUAAAAAAACAAAAGUUGAAUUAUAUGAACCGAUCUGGCUGAAUUUCGUUGAAGUCCUAGGUUUGCUAAUGGAAAAAGAUCAAGGUUUAAUAUUGAACUCUUUGAAUGAAAAUGAAAUUGAUAGCUUUAUGUUUGUUCUGUUAACACAAUGUAUUGAAAAGAUUACUUCUAAUUUCGAUAACCAUGCCAUCAAAGGUCAUAUUUUACCAGUUAUUCAUAACAUAUUAAGAUCUAACGUACCAUUUGGUAUUUUGUUUGAAGAUUCGAUCUAUAUCGAAGUGAUCGGGAUAUUAGAUAGAUUAAUUCUAACUGGUUCAACGGAAGAAAAAAUAGCGAUUGUUGAUAUUCUUAACGCUUUAAUUCAUGCUUAUACGAUUCGCAACACCUCGGAGGACGAGUUUUUACAAGGUAUUGAUAAAUUAUACGAAUUAUUAAGGCUGUUAUUAAAUAUUGUUUCUGACCUAGUUCCUUUCAUUAAAUUCAACAAUUUUGAAGGCAAUUCAUCGAAUUCAGAUAUAUUAUCAAAACAAGAAAUAAUACUAUUGAAGAAGGCCUUCCAUGUAUUGGAAUUAAAUAUUAGCCAAUUUGAUGAUAUUUUUAAACUGGAUUUAUAUACGUGUUUACUGUUCAUUAUUGGAAGAAUAUUCGAAUCUGAAGAGCACGAUAUAUUAGUACCAACCGUUUUACCAUUAUUGAAGUUCAUUUCUAUGGACAUUAUAAUGAAUGGAUUGAAUAUUGAGUUACUACAUAUAUUUUAUGGUUCUGUAAAACCAAUAAUCUUUAAUCAAUUAAGCAAACAGAACACCAUAGCAACAAUUCUAAUGUUAACUUCAGUAGGCUAUCCAGGUUUCACAGAAAAAGAAACUGAUUUUAUUACAAAUACCUUAUUAGAAAGUUUAAAAAUUUCAGAAACUUCAGCAAUUACGGCUCAGGGAUUGAAAACUGUUAUUAAAAACUGUUUUUCUAACAAUGCUUCAAAAGUAUUGACAUUUAAAGUAUUGAAGAAAAUUUUAAACGAUCUUGAUUCUGUUGAACUCCAAAAUGAGAGCUCAGUAAUCUUUUCUUUGAUAUUUGAACUAACAAAGGCUAUCAACAAGGACAAUGAUGCGAAACUAGUGCCUGCAAUAGUGGUUUGUAUUUCUUUUGCCAUGUGGUAUUACAUGAUAUCUCCAGGAAACCAUGAGGAAGCUAGCUCGGUGAUUAUUACAAUUGCCAAGUUAAAUCCUGAAAAGUUUAAGAUCACUUUAGCAUCUGCUUUUAAUCAAGCUCAGAAAAAACUGAUCGAAAAAAUUGUCGAAGAAUCUACAUCUACUAAAAAUGACUCAAGUAACUUAAAGAGUUCUGUAGAAUUAAAGACGUUUACUUAG